AUGCACCGCAUACGAUAUCGAGCCUGCCCCAGCGCCUUCUACCGGCCCGCGCAAAGAACACUCAACCAUGCGCCCUUCCGCAGCUACCAGAGAAUCCCCUUCGGCGGCGGCGGCCCGCAGUACCAGCGCUUCAACGCGCGCUCGGGCGUCACCGGGCUCUUCACCCGCUGGGCAGCGCGACCAACCUUCUACCGCGACGUGGGCGUCCUGACAGCCGGCGCGGGCACCGUGUACGUGCUCAACCUCGAGCAAGUGCCCGUCUCGGGCCGGCGGCGGUUCAACUUCAUCCCGGCCAAGAUCGAAGAGGCGCUGGGCGAGUCGACGGUCGCGGAGAUCAAGCAGCAGUACCACGGCCGGUUCUUGCCGGAGCAUGAUCCGAGGGUCAGGCAGGUAAAGAGGGUGCUGGAGCGCUUGCUGCCGUUUGCGUUCAAGGAGGGCGAGGGGCUGAGUGAGAUGACGUGGGAGGUGCAUGUCAUUGAUAGCCCGGAGAUGAAUGCGUUUGUCGUGCCGGGUGGGAAGGUGUUUGUUUUCACGGGAAUCCUACCGCAUUGCCAAAGCGAGGAUGGCAUUGCGGCGGUCCUGGGACACGAGAUUGCACAUGUAGUCGCACACCACACAGCCGAACGCAUGUCCCAAGCCCCGCUCAUCCUCAUCCCCAUCCUCGCCUCCCUCGCCCUCGACGUCUCCUUCUACAGCGCAAACAUGAUCCUGCAACUCUUCCUCUCCAUGCCCGCCUCGCGCAAGCACGAAGCAGAAGCAGACUACAUUGGCCUGCUGAUGGCGGCGCAAGCCUGCUACCGGCCCGAAGCCGCCAUGGAAUUCUGGGCCCGCAUGGAGAAAUCGGGACAGCAGGGCCCUCCGCAGAUUCUAAGUACGCACCCCAGCAACCACAACCGCGAGGAGAAGAUAAAAGAGUGGUUGCCCAAGGCGCACGAGUUUGCGGAACGCAGCGAGUGUGCAGGGACAGGGCGGUACGUGGAGCAGUUUCAGGGCGCGCUGGGUGGGGUCGGCAAUGCGUUUGGGCGGUGGUGA